UCUCACGUCUCAACAUUUUUUCUCAGCUUUUCUUUUCCGUUUUAUGCACCGAAAACGGCCAAAAGGUGGCAGCUUCAACUGUCGCCAGAGUGCCUCCCCGGGAGAUCUAAAGCAAAAUGGUUAAUCCGAAUUUCUUGAAGACCCCAGAUAUUCCAUCGUAUAAUGUCCGAGGGAAACCAGUGGCGGGUGUUGACAAAUUGUGUUAUAUGACAGAUACGGUUACCGACAAUGGCAUUUGGGAAGAAAUCAACCCUUUGGAUUCCAAACUCCCAAUCUUUAUCUUUCAACUUGCUAUUGUUCUAUUCGUCACCCGCCUUUGUCUGCUCCUCCUCAAACCCCUCCGCCAACCCCAUUUCGCUGCUGAAUUGCUCGCUGGUAUACUGGUGGGUUCAACUGCAAUUGCAAGUGAAUUCGCACGAGAACAUAUUCCAGCGUUGGGUGCUAUAUUUGCAGCCUCUCGAAUUAUGAUGAUGGAGACAGUGGGAAACCUUGGGCUAAUUUAUCAUGUAUUUCUUCUUGGGUUAGAAAUGGACUUAAGAGCAUUAACAAGUGUUGGACCGAAAGCCCUUGGCAUUGGUAUUGCUGGAGCUAUUUUCCCCUUUGUUAUUGGAGCUUCCUUGUACAUUUUUAUCGCGGACUAUCCUGAGAGUUUCAGGUGGGGUUUCCUUUAUUGGGGUGUAGCACUCUCAGUCACUGGCCUUCCUGUUAUAGCAGAAAUCUUUGCAAAACUAAAGCUCCUCCAUUCAGAGAUUGGAAGAAUAGCCAUGUCUUCAGCCCUUGUUAAUGACUUGUCGUCAUGGUUUCUCCUUGUAGUCUCAUUAUCAAUAACUAGUAGCUAUUCAAGUACGUUCUUGUCAUUGUUUAGUGCUAUUGUGUUCAUCAUUUUCAGUAUUUUUGUAAUCCGUCCGGCACUUUUGUGGGUGAUUAGGAGGAGGACCCGAGAAGGAGAAGAAUUUAGUGAAGCAGUAGUUUGUGCUAUACUUGCAAUGGUCUUGGUUUGUGGGUUGGUGACGGAUAUAUGUGGAGUUAGCUCUAUGCUUGGUGCAUUUGUAUUUGGUCUUAUCAUACCUCCAGAUUUCUUGGGGCAUAGGUUUGUGUUGAUGCUACAAGGCUUUGCGUCGGACUUGUUGCUGCCUCUUUAUUAUGCUAGUUUGGGAAUGAGGACUCAUCUUGGGGGAUUAAACAAAGAGGACGUGCUUAUGAUGGUUCUAGUUAGCUUCUUUUCCUUCAUACCUAAGAUUGUUUGCACUAUUGCUGUUUCUUACUUGUAUAAAAUGUCGUUGCGUGAAGGAUUUACACUUGGAGUCCNCACUUGGUGUCUUGAUGAACACCAAAGGCCUGGUAGCUGUCAUGGCAAUGAGCUUGGGGCGUGA